GAUCAACUAAUUCUCCAAUUUGAGCCACAGUUCAAGAGUUUAAAGAUGUGGAGAAAACUCCUAUUUCACUCUCUUGUAACCGCAGCAGUAAAUGCCUAUAUUUGCUACCGAGAUUCCUUCAUUGUACAACACAAAAUGGAUCAUCUGAAGUUUCACCAGCAGCUUUGCCAAGAACUUAUUGGAGGGUUUCGACAGGGUAGUAGGAACAGACAGCUGCGUUUGAUACCAAUCCAACACAGAACCUUGGCAAGAUUGUCCGAGAGGCACUUUCCGUCCAAAAUACCAGAUGGUAAGCGUAAGAGAUGUGCUGUUUGUGCGGGACAUGGAGGCGAAUUCAGGAAGACAAGAAUUCAGUGGUGGUGUGAGGACUGCAGGGUCGGACUCUGUGUAGAGGGAUGCUUUAGGAAAUUUCACACGAGGAUCAAUUUUGAGGCGUAGUUGGAACACACAUAUAACAAACGAUUACUCUAUUCACUAUGAAACUACCUUGCAUUUAAUCUAAUUAUGGUGUGUGUGUUUGACAGA